AUUCUUAUUCCUUUAGAUUUUGGAUGUUAUUAUGGUACUAAAUGCAGCUUUUAGGACAUGUUUAAAGUGGUUAUAUUUCAGAGGGAGGACUCUUGAGAUCACCAAAAAAAAAUGCAUUAAUGAAUUCCUGGGAACUAGUAACAAUAUGCUAAUGAAUUCAAUAUCUGCAAACCAGACUACUAUGAUCUUUCACAUUUUCUUUACCUUAUAAAAGGCAUACUCGCAUAUGGAUCGUCCUUAAGAGGUUAUGGCUUCCGAUUCCGAUCCAUAUGUGGAUGACUUCUACUUCUCUGCUCUAUACGAUGAAGACGAAAUCUUUCCCAUUUCAGAUGAGAAAUAUGCAGAGGAACUGCAACUGCAAGAGGCUCUAAUGUCCUGUGCAGCAAAAACACAAACACCUGGUAGGCAAGCGGAAGCCGGAGAGUCUUCUCAAGCGUUCUGCGAAAUCUGCAUGGAUACGAAGACGGGAGACGAAAUGUUCAGAAUUGAUUCAUGCCGGCAUUCAUACUGCUCGGAGUGCAUCGGCGGUCAUGUCGCCGCUAAGAUUCAGGAGAACGUGAGCGCCGUCAAGUGCCUCGACGUCUCCUGCAAGGGAAUCAUCGAACCGCAGCACUGCCGUUCGAUCAUUCCCACUGAAGUGUUGGAACGCUGGGAGACUGCGCUGUGCGAAUCGCUGAUACUUGCUUCGCAGAAAUUUUACUGUCCUUACAAGGAUUGCUCGGCGAUGAUGGUGGAUGAUGGCAGCGAGACGGUGACGGUUUCCGAGUGUCCGACCUGCCGGAGAUUGUUCUGUGCUCAGUGCAAGGUGGCGUGGCACGCUGGAAUAGAUUGCCGGGAGUUUCAGUUGCUGAAUGAAGACGAGAGGGGGAGAGAAGACGUGAUGUUAAUGGAGUUGGCUAAGGAUAAACAAUGGAGGCGAUGCCCUUGUUGCAGGUUUUAUGUUGAAAAGAAUGCUGGUUGUCUGCACAUUUCUUGCAGGUGUGGGCAGGAAUUUUGUUACGGGUGUGGAGCAAAAUAUUCUAGUGACCAUGUUUGCCCACGGCCAUGAUCAAGAUUCAUUUGUAUUGCAAAAAGAAUA